UAAGAUAACGCCGGCGAGCGAAACUAUGCUCUCAAUGUCGUCGUUAUAACAGGAGCACUAUCCCAAAAAAAUAGGGACCAGACUGACAAUUGACGGCGGCACAGCCUCGGGAUAAGAGCCCACUCUUAAGUUAACAAAUCGCAAUUGAACACUUCUAGACCUAUCCACCUCGACUUUCGACAUCGACGGCGCCAAUUACCAAACCCACACUGCCCCACAAUACCACGAUCCAGAAACACACCGCCAUGGCUGCCGUUCCGGACAAAACCAAGUCGUACUUCCCCCUCGCCGGCGGUGCCAACGACGGUUGGACUAAGGAUGACUCCGCGACAGCGACCUGCUUCUGCGGCGCCGUGCAGCUCGCCUUCCCGACCGAAGCCCCGGGCCUCACCAGCACCUUCAUAUGCCACUGCAGCGACUGUCGCAAGAUCACGGCGUCGAUGUUCGCCUCCAACUUUACCGUCCUCGACUCGCACCUGACGCACCUGCGCGGUCGCGAGAACUUGAAGUCGUACGGACAGUCGAAAACCAUCGCGUCGGGGAAGAUGAUGACUAACUACUUCUGCUCCACAUGCGGGACGCUUAUGUAUCGUGUCGGCGAGGCGUUUCCGGGGAGGAGCAUCCUGCGUAUUGGCACGGUGGAUGAUUUUCAUUUACAUGAGACGAAGUUGAAGCCGAGUCGUGAGAUUUUUACAAAGGAUCGUGUUUGUUGGCUGAGUGAGGUGGAAGGCACCCAGCAGCUUGAAGCACAGAGACCGAAGAUAUAGAUAUGGUGCAAUACGGUACCUUGCAUGAGUGGCGGCGUGCUAAGUAGCUGGCAUGGGAUGGUUAUUUGGACGACAGGCCUUUUAUGGUCAUGUGUUGUAGUUGUAGGAGCUGACUCUUGCUAUGUGACUGUAUUACAACGGUUGGAGUUCAGAAAUGGCAGAUUGAUAGUUGCUAACUGCCUAGCAUUUCUCAUAUGAGGGUCCUUCUACGACAGAAAGGUGGCUUGGAGUUUUAGAUCGAGA